CCUGGUACAGAGAGCUAGAGCCGCGCUGGUAAGAUGGGGAAGAAAACGAAGAAGCCCGGGAAAGGCAAAGAGAAAACACAGAAGAAAACAGCGAAAGCAGAUGAAAAGAAAGCUCGCAGAGAGUCCAAGAAGCUCUCUCCCGAGGAUGAUAUCGAUGCCAUUUUGUUGAGUAUACAAAAGGAGGAAGCAAAGAAGAAGGAAGUCCAUGUUGAGGAGAAUGUCCCAGCGCCGUCUCCCCGAUCCAACUGUACGCUAAACAUUAAUCCCUUGAAAGAGACGGAACUGAUCCUUUAUGGGGGUGAAUUCUACAAUGGUACCAAGACAUUUGUGUAUGGUGAUCUUUACCGGUAUGAUGUGGAAAAACAGGAAUGGAAGUUAAUUUCAAGCCCUAAUAGUCCACCUCCUCGUAGUGCUCAUCAGACAGUUGCUUGGAAGAAUUAUCUCUAUAUCUUUGGUGGUGAAUUUACAUCCCCAAAUCAAGAGAGGUUCCAUCACUACAAGGACUUUUGGAUGUUGGACCUGAAGACAAAUCAAUGGGAACAGCUAAAUCUAAAAGGGUGCCCUAGUCCACGCUCAGGUCAUCGAAUGGUUUUAUACAAGCACAAGAUUAUUGUUUUCGGUGGCUUCUACGAUACUCUUAGAGAAGUGAGGUAUUAUAAUGAUUUGUAUAUUUUUGACCUGGAUCAGUUCAAGUGGCAAGAAAUAAAGCCUAGGCCUGGAUCGAUGUGGCCAAGUGCUCGCAGUGGUUUUCAGUUUUUUGUGAACCAAGAUGAGAUUUUCUUAUACGGUGGCUAUUCCAAAGAGAUUUCAUCUGAUAAGAACAGUUCUGAGAAAGGAAUUGUUCAUUCAGACAUGUGGUCCCUUGAUCCCAGGAAUUGGGAAUGGAACAAGGUAAAGAAAAGUGGGAUGCCUCCUGGGCCUCGUGCUGGGUUUUCCAUGUGUGUUCAUAAGAGGCGGGCUUUGCUAUUUGGGGGUGUGGUGGAUAUGGAAGUUGAUGGUGAUGUAAUAAUGAGCUUGUUCCUGAAUGAACUUUAUGGCUUCCAGUUAGACAACAAUCGCUGGUACCCACUGGAGCUACGGAAGGAGAAGUCAACAAAAGAUAAAAUUAAGUUAAAAGGGAGUUCUGGUCAGAAAGAUACUGAUGUGGAUCUUGAUGAUAAGACAAAUCCAAUUGAACAAGAGGAGUGUGCAGCAAAUGGUGAAGAUGUGAAUUCAGAGUACCAUGAAGAAGGAGAUGACAUGGAAAGCAACGUUGAUGAGAUAUCUCAGCAUAUGGAAACAACCGUGACUGUCAGUAAUGGAGGGAUGGCAGCCAAAUCUGGUGGAAAGUCUCAUGAAUCUAGUGCUAAAUUGGAUAUGCAAAAUUCUGUUUUGCCAGAGAUAGUGAAACCCUGUGGGCGCAUUAACUCCUGCAUGGUUGUUGGAAGAGAUACAUUAUACAUAUACGGGGGCAUGAUGGAGGUUAAAGAUCAAGAAAUUUCGCUUGAUGAUUUGCAUUCCCUUAAUCUCAGCAAACUAGAUGAGUGGAAGUGCAUCAUACCGGCAUCGGAAUCUGAAUGGGUAGAAGCCUCAGAGGAGGAAGAUGAGGAUGAAGAUGAAGAUGAUACUGAGGACGAAUGCAAUAGCGGUAGCAACAGUGAGGAGACUACCGAUGAUGAUGAUGAUGAUAAUGAUAUAGAGGCUAGGAGUGAUGGGGAUCUUCAAAUGGAGGAUGCUGUUGCCUUGAUCAAAGGCAAGGGAAAGAGUCUAAGAAGAAAGGAAAAACGGGCCAGGAUAGAGCAGAUCAGAGCCAGUCUAGGCCUUUCGGAUUCGCAAAGAACCCCAGUGCCUGGAGAAUCCUUGAAGGAUUUCUAUAAACGUACAAAUAUGUACUGGCAAAUGGCAGCUCAUGAACAUACUCAACACACUGGGAAGGAGCUCCGUAAGGAUGGUUUUGAUCUUGCCGAAGCUCGAUACCGGGAACUCAAACCAAUUCUUGAUGAGCUGGCCAUAUUAGAGGCAGAACAGAAGGCUGAAGAGGAAGAAGGGCCUGAAACUAGUUCAAGGAAGAGAGGCAAGAAGAAGAAUAAGCAUUAAACAUCAACAGUUCCAACUCAGUAUAUGACUAUAUGCCCUGAAGUGUGAUAUGUUUGUCUGUUUUAGUUGUAAAAUUAGUAUUUGUUCAUCCCCUUGAUGUGAUCACACGUGCACGAAGACGUGCCUUUGCACGUAUGCAUGUGUGCGAGCUCUCUCUUUUAAAUUUAGUCAUGUCAUCUAUUAAAUUUUGUUUUUUAAUUGAUUGAGUAAAGUUUUGUUUUUUAAUUGAUUGGGUAAAAUUUUGUUCUGAUAUUAGUGAAUUUCCUGAAGCUGGAUUAUAAGAUAAUGUUCUAUUUUGGUCUCAA